UGACAAUAGUGGAGGUGAAACAAGACCAGAGCAGCAUCUACUGUAAUCGGAUUGAUUGAGCCUGCUGUCUAAAGUAUAUUGAUUGACAUUCGUUAAUUAUAGAACAACUAGUAAUUGCCACCCAGAUUUGCUUGAGCAGCUCGAUUCCGGGUUCUCAAGACCCUGAGCCAUGGGAGCUUUGGUUUCCUCGUCUCGGGGAUUUCGGGCGAGCUGGCACCUUCUGCAAGCGAAGGAGACGACCAGCUGCUACCUUUGUGUGUGAAAGUGAACGGCCGCACUCAGCGGUCGAUGCGGUCGACUGCGGAAGGCAACUUCUUCGCAGUGUAUGACGGCCACGCCGGGCGAAGCUGUAAGCUUGGUCAAAGCUCUGAGCUCCCGAAGCUUUUGGGACAGACCAGCGCAGAUGUUUGCCAUUUGCCACAAGGCGGCUCGGUCUCACCUUCUGUCCGGCGACAUCGUGGUGCGGUCCAACUCCUCGUGCUGUCGCCGCGCUUUGUUUGCGAAAUGACCGGCGAGCCCGGCGAGCCCGGCGACCUGGCACCGAGCCGCGCCUCGCAGUUCAUUGGGAAUGUCCAACAAGUCUGGAGAAGUCCAAGGAAAGAAGAUUGUCAGGUCAAUGCAAUCAGUCAUUGAGGGGCGCAUGAAGAAUUUGACAGCCAAAUUUUCCACACGUCCUUUGAUUAGGAGACAGCUUCGCAGAAGCGUUGUUCGUGCAAAGGGAUCCUGUUUGGACAAUCAAGGCUUCUCUGACGCUGUUUCUUGGUCGACUGGACAGCAUCUAUUGGUCAUACCUCUCUCGAAGCUGGCGCCAGAGGAGGAUGAACUUGGUGUCAGCUUCCACAGAGAAGUCCUCUUUCACAAUUGAUUGUACCCUUGAUGCUUCCGAAGCCUGCUGCGCUGGGUACUGAUGCAUCAUCCCAGCAGGGCGCGCAAAGACUUGGCAGUUGUCAGGCCAAAAGCCAUCUUGAACUAGGAGCAAUAAGCUACGAGGG